GCCGCGGAUCAGAGACGUGUCAGAGCGCCCGGCAGGUCGAACCCAGUGGCCCCGCUCCCCUGCACGCGCGUCGGGGACCCUUCUGAACGCAGAGUCGAGACUUGGAUGGCAGCGAGCGUCGGCCCGGCCAUGAAUCCGCCGCAGACGCCCGAGGAACGGGCGGUGUUCACGCAGCUCAAGCCGGUCCGGAUGUCGGGAGCGGACGGCGCCGAGGACGCAUCCGUGUUCGAGGACGUCAAACCCGGGACUCGGCUGGAGUUGGACAAGUACCUGCCUCAGAUCAGCAGCCCCCUCCUGAACCCCUCCAUCGACGCCGCCGACAAGAAGUACCGGCGCGAGAGCGCCUCGGUGGUGGACGAGUACUUCUCCGACGACAAGCCCAACACGCCGUACAGCCUCAACAUCAACGUCAUCCUGCCCAGCACCACCCACCUGCGCACCGGCCUGUACCGCUCCAACGCCAAGACCCUGACCCCGCAGCAGAUCAAGACCGAGCCGGGCCUGGAGGUGCCCUGCUCGCUGUCCGGCGCCACCCAGGCCCUGCCGGAGUUCACCUCCGUCUUCAGCAUGCCGCCGGUCGUCAACAACGUCUUCAUCAAGCCCGACAUGAGCGCCGGCGGCGUGGUGAGCGUCUCCGCGGCGGCGCAGCAGCAGCAGCCCGGUCUGGACCCGGACCUCCACAUCGGCCCGCAGCCCCCCCAGCCGCAGGUCUACCACAUGCCCCUGAGCAGCGACCUGACCAUGACGCUGUCGCACGGCAGCCCGCCGGCGCCCGGCUCGUCCUGCGGCAGGACCAUGCUCAACCUGGGCGGCGUGGCCCUGCCGGCGUCUGGCGGCGGCGGCGGCGGCUACAUGCUGCCGGAGCACCAGCUGCAGCCGCACCACCCGUACUACCAGGCCUCCCCCGGCGCCGGCGCCGCCUCGCACCACACGGCGCCCCACAGCCUGCCGCCGUCGCCCCCCAACUCCCAGCCGGGCAGCCCGGACGGCCAGGCGGAGCUGCUGAGCCUGGCGCCGCAGCCGCAGCCGCCGCCGUACCAGCACCCGCUGGGCGGCAUCAAGCUGAGCGGGCUGUCGGCGCACGCCCUGCUCAUGACGCACGGCCAGGGCGUCCUCACCGGGCCCAAGUACAACCGGCGGAACAACCCCGAGCUGGAGAAGAGGAGGAUCCACUUCUGCGACUACCCAGGCUGCACCAAAGUUUACACAAAGAGUUCUCAUCUGAAGGCCCACCAGCGCACACACACCGGGGAGAAGCCGUACCGCUGCACAUGGGAGAACUGCGACUGGCGCUUCGCCCGGUCGGACGAGCUGACCCGGCACUACCGGAAACACACCGGCGCCAAACCCUUCAAGUGCGUGGCCUGCAGCCGCUGCUUCUCCCGCUCCGACCACCUGGCCCUGCACAUGAAGCGCCACCAGAACUGACAGAGGAGCCCCCCCCCCCCCCCCCCCCCCCCCCCCCGCUGCAGGACCCGGGUCAGGCUACCCGAUCCCCUGGAGCACAAGUCUCCCUGCCGUGUCAGAGCGUUUCCCCUCAUGUCAGGAUGACCGUCAGCUUCCAGAACCUUCUGCGUUCCCUGUUUUCUCCCGGUUCCACUCGGAACCAGACGGUGGGACUUGUCGUCCAGACACUACGGUGAACCUGGAAGCAGCCCAGAGCCGUGUGUGCUGUUGGCCUCCUCUGCUGGCUCCCUGCAGCUCUCUGUCAGAACUCAGAGUUCUGUUUUCACUUCCUGCCUGCCUCCUCAGCUGAACUCUGUAGAUACCUGUACAUAUUUCUAUGUAUGUGUGUUUUUUCCAGUACGACGAAUGUAUUGCGAUUCAUACUUGACUCUGGCUCUCCUCCCGUCCUCCGUCUGAAUGUUGAAUGUUGUCCAAACUGAAAGAGCUCCGUCAGUCAGACUCGCUGUCAUGGAAAAGUUGCGGCCGGCCUGGUUCUGCCUGUUGCGGCGCAGGUCCUCCCUGCAGCCAUGUUUCAGUGUUUGUGUUGGUGACAUUAGCCGUUUCCACGGCGACGCAGCUCCCUCCACAGCAGCCCUGGUUUCGUCGGCUUCACACUCUUCCUCCACUCCGUGAAUCCUCGACUCUCUCCAGAUCAGCCGGAGAGGUGAGUCGCUCCGAAAAGAUGAACUUACUCCUGAAAACGCGGCGUUAAGACGUCCGGUUUGGAGGGAAAAGCAGGACUCGUCAGUCCAUUCGUUCUCCAGAGCAAAGUUCACUCCCCGGCCUCCACCACCGACUCGUUCAGACUCGUUUAUCACCUCCUGAGAAGAACAGUGAAUGUAGAGGAAAGCCUCAGCAGCCCUGCUAGAUGGGAUUUAUUCUGCAUACAGAGCAGCGCUUUGGUUCUAUUGCUGAUCCGGGUCCUCCACCUGCAGGAGAUGUUGGGAACUGCAGCGUUACGCUCCAGUCUGGUUAAUAAAGUCACAAUCAGCUCGCAGAAAUACGACCCUCACACACACACCGUGCAGGGAGACCAUACCCGAUGGUUAAGACUAAUUAAAAGCUGCUGGGAAAUUUGGUGCAAAGCUGCAACUUCUCAUCUCUAAACAUUUUAAAAUUCCUGUUUUUACAUGAUUCUAAAUGAAUUUCUUGUCUGAGGAUAAUUUACUGUAUAAUUUACCAGUCAGCUAAAGUUUACCUGAAGUCACUCUUUUAUCCAUUAAAUUUGGUUUUACAGUUUAUUUUUUCAGACAAUUACUAAAUAUACAUAUUACAUAUAUCAAACAAUCCACAUUCGAGCAGAAUCUUAUACCAAACUUCGAUUUUAAUGUUUCUCAAACACUUGAAAUGUCACGAUUUUAAAUUUUUGCAACCCGCAGGUAAAAAUUCCAACUACAUUUAAUUUAAAUCAAAUCAUUUUCGGGAUUUUUCUAAGAAAAGAAACACCUGUUGCCAAGGUAACGCCUGUAUACACAGGUUUGUAAAAAUUUACAGUUUUUUUUUACUAAAAAAGUAAAAAAUAAAAGUGGUGUCUGUUGUUCAGGCAGGCUUUUCCUAGUUUUGAUCAUUUGAUUGUUUUCAAAAUAAAGCGUUAACUCGUGCUGUAGCACCACCUGCAGGCGACGUGCAGUAAAACGUCCUGAAUCAGUUUUAAUGCAGUAUUUUUCAUAUGAUAAAUACAGAUGAGAAACUGUUUUAUAUCAGCUUUCUGACGUGUAAAAACAUUUGAUGUUUCUAUUCCAUGAGUUUCUCCUCUGAUCAGCAGAACAUGAACAUUCAAACAUUCAUAUUUAAUGUUGCCAUGAAUGUGACUUUCCUCUCUGGUAAAAGUGAGAACGUGUGAAGGGUUCCUCGGUGUGUGGCUGCAGAUUUUAGGGUUAAAGCGCCUUUCGUCACAUUAAAUCCACAGUUUGGAUCCAUUUUCUUUUUAAUCCUGUAGAGUUUGUGGAAGUGAGCAGGGGCGUCGAUCGAUGCAGCACCGUGUGUGUGAGAGUGUGUGUGUGAGAAUCCUCUUAUUUCAGCGCUGAUGGAGUGUGUGUUUGUUAAGUGUGUGUCCUCAGGAAAGCAGUUCUCGUCUGUCUGGCUCUGUAAAUACCGCAGCUUCACCUCAACACUCUGUAAAUAGGACUUUUAUUCUCGGCUGUAAUAUUAAUAUUUUUAUCUUUUUUAAACCAAUGGGAUUUUAGAUCGGUUGUAACUGAGUUUGUUUAAUUGUGUUUUGAUACUCUGCGUUCCAUCAGAUUGUUUGUUAAUGUAUGUUAAUAAGAACAAUGCUUUAACGUUUUAUGUAAUAAUGAAAAUAAUAAAAAAUAUUGAUAAAGUGAAGAAAUGGAGUGUUUUGG